AUGUUCCCUCAAGAAGUGUUGAAGAAUGUGUUUCCACUGCUCGAAGGAGAAGACCUCGCAGCGUGUAUGGGCGUAAGCAAACAAUGGAGAGACAUAGCAAGAGACGACUUUUACUGGAAAUGCCAAUGCGCCAAGAAAUGGCCGUCGGUUUGCAAACGGAACAAACCGCCGACGGAGACAUACUACAAGAUGUUCCAAACGUUUAGCAAACGGCGGCUAAACCGGACUCUACCUCCUCCGAGACUCUCCUUCGAAAACUUGGAGUUCUUCGUCGACAUUUGGUCAGAAGACAAACUGAUAUACUCCGGUUUAAUCCCUGGCGUUGCGUUCGAAACCGGGAUCGAUCCUUUACCAUCAGAGAUCAGCAGUGUUCUUAGAAUGUUCCUUGGAAGACAUGAUUUCAUGAUGCUUGUCCCUGCUGAGCCGAGAUUCGCUAUUCCGUUAAACGAAACGGUUAGUGUUUCGAUGUUUGUGGCGAGGAAUGAUUCGGAUAAGGUUGCGAGGAUAAUAAACCGGUCUGUGUUUGAGUAUAUAGACCAUUCUUCGUACAGAGCGCUUGCUUUCGAGUAUCUUGACUUGUCUCCUUAUUAUCCUUUCAUCUCCGGUGUGAGAGCGUGGGUCUCUCUGCUUUUCAUGGAUGUGAAUGAUGGUGUGCUUGAUGUUUUUGGGAUUCAGUUGGAUUUCUGUGAUGUUGCUGAUACUAGAGAUGAGGUUUUGUGGCUUCUUGAUAUGCUUGAUUGGAAGUGA